AUGCCGGCCGGCAGGGGAACGCCGUUUGCCGGCGGAGAUGCGGGGAAGAUUCUGGAGGGUUCCACAGACGGUGUGCUCUUAAACCUCUCUUCGCCCCUCUUACACGCCACAGACGCGAUGGUCCAACACCCCGAAGUCCUCUGGGCUCAACGAAGCUCUGAAACCGACGAAGAGAAGAACAUUCUCUUUAUCACCAUUAAUCUGCCAGACGUCGUCGAAAACUCUCUCGAGUACAACCUGACCCCGACCACCAUCUCUUUCAAGGCCAAGGCUGGUCUCGACCAACCAAAAGAGUAUGCCUUUGACCUCGAGUUCUUCAGCGAGGUCGUCCCAGAGAAAUCUGUGAAAAAACUCAACUCUCGAUCUUUCAACCUCAUCAUUCGCAAGAAAGAGCAGAAGCUUGAAUACUGGCCAAGGCUCACAAAAGAGAAGGUAAAAAAUGCUUUCCUCAAGACCGACUUCAGCAAAUGGGUCGAUGAAGAUGAGCAGGAUGGUGCGAAGGAUGAUAUUCCUGAUGAUAUGGACCCCAUGAGUGCUAUGGGAGGCAUGGGAGGCAUGGGUGGUAUGGGUGGUAUGGGUGGAGGGAUGGACUUCGAGAAAAUGAUGGCCCAGAUGGGUGCUGGUGGCGCAGGAGGUGGUUUCGGCGACCUGGGCGCAGGACCGUCGGGAUCAUCUGCUCCUGCAGAUGACGACGACGACGACUCGGACGAUGAUGGUCCCCCGCCUCUUGAAGAUGCUGAGCCUGCUAAAUAG